CAUUGUUAAGACUAACAAAAAACACUUACUAUCAGACCAAUCAAAUCAAAGUGAUUUCAUCAUAACUUUUAAAACUUUUCAUCCAGGCGGGACUUUCGAAACCCUCAAAAAUGUAUCUGUACAACAUCACGUUGCAACGUGCAACAGGGAUUACUCAUGCAGUUCAUGGUAAUUUCUCGGGAACAAAGCAACAGGAAAUAGCAGUAGCCAGAGGAAAAAUAAUCGAGCUUCUUAGACCUGAUCCAAAUACAGGAAAGGUCUACACGUUACUAACAUGUGAAGCGUUUGGGAUAGUUAGAUCUUUUAUGCCGUUUCGUCUAACAGGCAGUAAUAAAGACUAUUUGAUUGUGGGUUCUGAUUCCGGACGAGUUGUUGUUUUGGAGUACAUUCCGUCCAAAAACGUUUUCGAAAAAGUUCAGCAGGAGACAUUUGGGAAAAGUGGAUGUAGAAGGAUAGUACCUGGGCAAUAUCUAGCUGUUAAUCCUAAGGGACGUGCUUUCAUGAUUGGUGCUGUUGAAAAACAAAAACUUGUGUACAUCAUGAAUAGAGACUCUCAAGCGAGACUUACCAUAUCUUCUCCAUUAGAAGCACACAAGUCAAAUACCUUAGUCUACCAUAUGGUAGGUGUAGAUGUGGGAUUCGACAACCCAUUGUUUGCCUGCAUCGAGAUGGAUUAUGAAGAUGCUGACCAGGACUCUACUGGUGAAGCGGCUCGUGGGGCUAAUCAACUUCUGACUUAUUAUGAACUGGAUCUUGGCCUUAACCAUGUUGUCCGCAAAUAUUCCGAACCGUUAGAGGAACAUGCGAACUUCCUGAUUGCUGUCCCUGGUGGCAAUGAAGGUCCUUCUGGCAUAUUGAUUUGCUCAGAGAACUACAUAACAUACAAAAAUUUUGGUGAUCAACCUGAUAUACGUUGUCCAAUACCUCAGCGACGAAAUGAUCUGGAUGAUCCUGAUAGAGGUAUUUUAUUUGUGUGUAGCGCCUCACACAAAACAAAGAACUUAUUUUUCUUUUUAGCUCAAACAGAACAAGGAGAUAUUUUCAAAAUAAAUCUCGAAGUCGAUGAUGAUAUGGUGACGGAGAUUAAGCUUAAAUAUUUCGAUACUGUUCCAGUAGCUUCUGCUAUGUGUGUUUUAAAGACAGGUUUUCUGUUCGUUGCAUCAGAGUUCGGCAACCAUUGUCUAUAUCAAAUAGCUCAUCUUGGUGAUGAUGAUGACGAGCCAGAAUUCUCUUCAGCCAUGCCUUUAGAAGAGGGAGAUACGUUUUACUUCGCCCCCAGACCACUUAAAAAUCUCAUUGAAGUUGAUGUCUUGGAAAGCUUAUCUCCUGUUAUGAGCUGUCACAUUGCCGACUUUGCCAACGAGGAUACGCCUCAGUUGGCUGCUUUGUGUGGGCGAGGUCCAGGAUCAACAUUUAGGCUUUUAAGACAUGGUUUAGAGGUAUCUGAAAUGGCAAAAUCAGACCUUCCAGGUAAUCCAAACGCAGUGUGGACAGUUAAGCGAAAUUCUGAAGGUCGUCUUCUUGUGGGUGUCGGAAAUCGAUUACGAAUAUAUGAUCUGGGGAAAAAAAAGUUGUUGAAAAAAUGUGAAAACAAGCAUAUUCCUACCCUAAUCAAUGGUAUUUAUUCUGUAGGCAGUCGGAUAAUUGUGACAGAUGUUCAAGAAAGUGUUCAUUGGGUCCGUUAUAGACCACGCUCUGAUAGCCAAUUAGUUAUAUUUGCGGAUGAUACUAAUCCCCGUUGGAUUGUACAUUUAGCAGUAUUGGAUGCUUCAACAGUGGCGGUUUCAGAUAAGUUUGGAAAUGUCACUAUUCUGCGUUUACCACCUAAUGUUAUCGAUGAUAUUGAAGAUGAUCCUAGUGGUAAUCGCGCGCUUUGGGACAGAGGUUUCCUUGGCGGAGCAAGCCAAAAGUGUGACGUGCUAUGCCAUUUUUACGUCGGUGAGGUUGUUACUUGUUUACAGAAGGCUACUUUGAUCCCUGGAGGUUCUGAGGGUAUUGUUUAUUCAACAAUAUCUGGUAGCAUCGGAAUGUUGGUUCCAUUUGCUUCUCGAGAUGCCUAUGAUUUCUUCCAACAUUUGGAGCUACAUAUGAGAGCUGAAGGAUUAUCACUAGUUGGUCGGGAACACGUACAUUAUCGUUCACAACAUUAUCCAGUUAGAAAUGUGAUUGAUGGUGAUCUCUGUGAAAUUUUCAACUCUCUAGAAGGCACUAAACAAAGAUCAAUCGCUGAAGAAAUGGAUAAAACUCCUAGUGAUAUCGCUAAACGUCUGGAGGAUAUACGUACUCGCUUCGCAUUCUAAAUUCUUGAAAUAAAUAAACAUAAUACACGUUUUUAAGUGUGCC